CUCUUUCUUUCUCUCUCAGGAGUCCACAUUAUCCAGGUCAUGUACGGCUGUACGUGGGAUGAUGACAGUGGAGUCACUGAGGGGCAUAGGCAGCAUGGAUAUGAUGGGGAGGACUUCCUUGUGUACGACAUGAAGACGUUCACUUGGAUCGCUCCUAAACAGCAAGCUGAGAUCACUCAGCGCAAGUGGAACAAUAACCCUGCUGAAAUGGCACAAAGAAAGAGCUACAUCACGCAGGAGUGUGUUGAGUGGCUAAAGAAGUAUGUGGACUUUGGGAAGAACACUCUGAUGAGGACAGUCCCUCCGUCAGUGUCUCUGCUCCAGAAGACUCCCUCCUCUCCAGUGACCUGCCACGCGACAGGUUUCUACCCCAGUGGAGUUAUGGUGUCCUGGCAUAAAGACGGACAAGAUCACCAUGAAGAUGUGGAGAAUGGAGAGAUCCUCCCAAACGAUGACGGAACCUUCCAGAAAAGCUCCCACCUUACAGUGACGCCUGAGGAGUGGAAGAACAACAAGUAUCAGUGUGUGGUUCAAGUCACAGGUAUCCAGGAGGACUUCAUCAAGGUUCUGACUGAGUCUGAGAUCCAGACCAACUGGGAUGACCCAGCCCCCAACAUUGUCCUCAUCAUUGGAGUGGUGGUAGUUCUCCUCCUGGUCAUUGUUGUUGUUGUUGUUGGGGUCGUCAUUUGGAAGAAGAAGAGCAAGAAAGGCUUUAUUCAGGCCCAAUCUUCCGACACUGACUCUAACAACUCUGGAGGUGUCAAGACGAUUUGAGAGACCUCUGCACUUCUGUAACAUCAGAGAAGGAGCUGAAGAGGAAAUUCUCAAGAACAUAACACACAUCAGACACAUCAGUCUCUCAAACACUUUCAUUUAAUCUAUGGUUUCGCUUUUAAAAAUUGUGUUUAAUUAUAAAAUGUCAUAUUGCCACUCUGUGAUAAGUCUAUCUCAUUCUUACAGGUAUGUUAGAAUCAAUGGAACACCAUGAAAAUGUCUUUCUGGAAAGGAUUAGAUUGUGAGAUGUUAAAUUAAGAUUUUAACUUAGAUUAUUCUACAAAUAAACAUAAAUGAACUUGGUUUUCCCAUAACUGAAGCCAUCAAACCACCACAUUUAAAAGAUAUUGCUGUAAACUGGAAAAACAUAAUUAUUUUGUUUCCGUGUGUAGCGUAUCUGCACGUAUGUGUAUGUUUUAGUGGUAUAACAUACAGUAGUUGUGCGACAUGUUAGCACUUUUCUCACACUGUAACUUGUUUAAUUAUGGCCAUAAGCCAGACAAGGCCUAUCCACAUGUUCCAUUUGUACAUAUGUCUCUUUUAAUGAAAGUGGCUGCAUUGUUCUAGUUUUUAGAUGUUAUGUUUGAUUUCUGAAAUGUUUUGUCUAGUAGGUUCUGUAGAAAUAAGUUGGUAAUGGGGCAAGUUGAACAAUUAUUUUAUUGCAAAUGUUUGUGUUUAGUACAUUAUGGAUGCUCCACACAAAUCAGUGAUCGACCAAAUCUAAUGCAAGUCCAGAAAAAAGGAUUGGAAAUGUGAUUCAUUUGAGAGGUACAUAAUCAACCAGCCAAAAAAGACAAAUUGGAGACCAAAUGUAUGCGUUCUGUAAUAAUGUUCUUACACCUUUCAAUAAAGUAUACAAAAUUUGAA